ACCUUGGGGCGGGGCGGGGCCGCCUCUUGGGGCGGGGCAGGCGCCUACCCCCGGGACUCCAACCCGGAACUAGUCUGGCUCCCUUGGGAAGGCCGCGGCGCUUGUCCUGGAGCGAGCCUGACCGUUGAGUGCGGGCCACGGGGUCCAGGCCUUGGACAGGGAGACGCCCUCGUUCUCGGAGGCACCAGACCAGGCACGCCCUCGGCCGGAGGUUGGACGGUCUGGAAACUACAGGCGUCCCCGCCCAGCUGGACCAUGGCGCCCCCGAGGAACGUGGUGAAGAUCGCGGUCCAGAUGCGUGACGCCAUCCCGCAACUCAUCCGGCUGGACCAGGCAAAGCCUCUGGCUGCUGUGCUGAAGGAGGUGUGCGACGCGUGGAGCUUGGUUCACUCUGAACGCUAUGCCCUGCAGUUUGCUGAUGGACAUAGGAAAUACAUCACUGAGAACAACCGUACAGAGAUCAAGAAUGGCAGCAUCCUGUGCCUCAGCACUGCCCCAGACCUUGAGGCUGAGCGACUGUUGGGUGGGCUGCAGUGUGGGAGCCGUGAAAGGCGCCGGGAAACUCUGCAGCACCUCGUCUUGCUGGCCCCAGACAUGACCUUUGCCCAGGAGGUCAUCAGCCGUGAUGGGCUUCAGAGACUAGGCACCAUCAUUGAGGAUGGAGAUGACUUAGGGGAAUUGCUGGCCCUUGCACUGAGGGCCUUCUUGGAGCUCAUGGAACAUGGCAUGGUGUCUUGGGAGACGCUCAGCAUCCCUUUUGUUAGGAAGGUGGUAUGCUAUGUGAACAUGAACUUGAUGGAUGCAUCUGUGCAGCCCCUGGCUCUCAGGCUGUUGGAGAGUGUGACUUUGAGCAGCCCUGCCCUGGGCCAGCUGGUCAAAAGUGAAGUGCCACUGGAUAGGCUGUUGGUACACCUACAGGUGAUGAACCAGCAGCUACAAACCAAGGCUAUGGCCUUGCUGACAGCCUUGCUGCAGGGGGCCAGCUCUACUGAACGCAAGCACAUGCUUGACUACCUGUGGCAGAGAAACCUUCGCCAGUUCAUCUAUAAGAACAUCAUCCACAGUGCAGCACCACUGGGCGAUGAGAUGGCUCAUCAUUUGUACGUACUGCAGGCCCUUAUGUUGGGGCUGCUGGAGCCACGUAUGCGGACACCACUGGACCCCUACAGCCAGGAACAGCGGGAGCAGCUGCAGGCCCUGCGCCAGGCUGCCUUUGAUCCUGAAGGGGAGUCUUUGGGCACCGGGCUGAGUGCUGACCGUCGCCGUUCCCUCUGUGCCCGCGAGUUUCGAAAACUGGGCUUCUCCAACAGCAACCCUGCACAGGAUCUAGAGCGAGUGCCCCCCGGCCUGUUGGCCCUGGACAACAUGCUUUACUUCUCCAGACAUGCACCUAGUGCUUACAGCCGGUUUGUGUUGGAGAACAGCAGCCGUGAGGACAAGCAUGAGUGCCCCUUUGCCCGGAGCAGCAUCCAGCUGACUGUGCUGCUGUGUGAGCUGCUCCGCAUUGGGGAGCCCUGCUCCGAAACAGCCCAGGAUUUUUCACCCAUGUUCUUCAGCCAAGACCAGAGUUUCCAUGAGCUCUUCUGUGUGAGCAUCCAGCUGCUUAAUAAGACCUGGAAGGAGAUGCGGGCCACCCAGGAGGACUUUGACAAGGUCAUGCAAGUGGUGCGGGAGCAGCUGGCCCGCACGCUGGCCUUGAAGCCCAGCUCCCUGGAGCUUUUCCGAACCAAGGUGAACGCGCUCCCCUACGGGGAGGUCCUGCGGCUGAGACAGACAGAGCGGCUGCAUCAGGAGGGCACACUGGCCCCUCCCAUACUGGAGCUGCGGGAGAAGCUGAAGCCGGAACUCAUGGGCCUGAUCCGCCAGCAGCGUUUGCUCCGCCUCUGUGAGGGGACACUCUUCCGCAAGAUCAGCAGCCGGCGACGCCAGGACAAGUUGUGGUUCUGCUGCCUGUCCCCUAACCACAAGGUGCUGCAGUAUGGGGACGUGGAGGAGGGUUCCAGCCCACCCACCCCUGAGAGCCUACCUGAGCAGCUCCCUGUGGCUGAUAUCAAGGCACUGCUAACAGGCAAAGACUGCCCCCACGUCCGGGAGAAAGGCUCAGGGAAGCAGAACAAGGAUCUCUAUGAGUUAGCCUUCUCAGUCAGCUAUGACCAUGGGGAGGAGGAGGCAUACCUCAACUUCAUCGCCCCAUCCAAACGGGAGUUCCACCUGUGGACAGAUGGGCUGAGCGCCCUGCUGGGAAGUCCCAUGGGUAGUGAGCAGACUCGGCUGGACCUGGAACAGCUGUUGACGAUGGAGACCAAGCUGCGGUUGUUGGAGCUGGAGAAUGUGCCCAUUCCUGAGCAGCCGCCUCCCAUCCCCCCGCCCCCCACCAAUUUCAACUUCUGCUAUGACUGCAGCAUCCCUGAACCUUGACAGUGAGGUUGGCCGUGGGCCACAGCUGCUGGCACUGCGGCAACCAUGAAGGGUGGAGGGUGGAAAAGCCCAGACAUCCGGACAAACAGAGGCUGCAGCAGAAAUAAAGUCUGCUUGGCUCUUA